ACCUCGUAUUUUACCUUCUGCUUCUGGCUGUCUCGCAAUACCUUCUACAGCUUGUCCUGCAGCAGCACCUUGACCAACUCCAGGUCCAAUAGAAGCAAGCCCUACGGCCAAUUCAGCAGCAAUAACAGAAGCAGAAACAAUUAGUGGAUUCAUGGUGAGUAGUUCCUCGUGUCAAUGCUCCAGGAAGGGAGCGCCCCAGACUUCAUCGACAAGGUUGUCACGCUCUUCUGCGAGGAUGGCGAGUGUAUCAUCGGCGAGAUCGCCAAGCUGCUGGACAAGCCAUGUAUGGACUAUCACAAGGUGAGCCGUUUUGUGCUUGAACUCAAGGGAAGCAGUGCAUGUAUUGGUGCUCAGAGAGUGAAGAACAGUUGCAUUCAGUUCCAUCAGUGUUGUCAGGAGAAGAGCAGAGAUGGGUGCCUGAACUCACUGGAUUCUGUGAGGAACGAUUUCUAUGAUGUGUGCACCAUGUUCAAGCCACAUGCUUCAGCUGGGCCAGCAGGUCCAGGCCUUAGUGCUAAACUGUAGACUUGAAUGAUAAAGCUGGAGCUGCAUGUUCUGAUGGUAAACACCUUUGAAGUCGUAGAAGAUGCUCAACCUAGCUUAUGUAGCCUGGAGUCAUUUUCUUAUGUGGGGUCUGUAGCUGCCUAGUGGCAAGCUAAUCAUCUAGUAUCCAUGUCUUUGUUAUUGUCUUGUAGUUUCAUUUGGAAUUCUCAGUAGUCAAAUAAUAAAUUCAGCUGUUGUUGUUUUGCGGA